CUUUAUUCUAUGGUCACUAUGGUGUCAGCGUAGAGCAAGUAACUUCUUUCUCUAUGGUACAGCGAAGGGCGAGCCACAUCCGUCUCGCGUGCUCGUCUUUAUUUAGACAGGGGUUCUCGGAUGUGGUGCUACGGACAACUCGGGAAAACGCGCCGCACGUGAGUCGAGCGCUCUCGUGAUCGCGUUCUAUUCCACGUGAGGCUUUCAAUGCAGGCUGUUCUGUCUUGCACCGAGUUGGCGGCAGCAGCGCGUCGAAAGCAUGCCCGCCACGUGCCACCAGCUGAAGCUUCAAGUGUGGUGGAUCCUGUCUGACCGCAGAGAAAGCCACGACAGGUACCUUGACGAGUACCGAGUCUUCUUCAGCGAGCAGGCCCUGUUGCUGGACGUCGACGCAACAUUUUCGUUCAGCAAGGUAUACCACGAGCCCAGCAGGAACUUCUAUGAAGAGCCAAUCUACCAGCUGGACUGUACCAUCGAGUGGCCCGGCAUCACCUGGUUUGGCCCAUCUGCGAAGCACCUGCAGGUUGGUCGCGCGUGGUGCAAUGCCAGCCGGGAUGAGGGGUGGGACAAGGCACUGUUCCAGUGGCUGGUGCCAAGCCCCCUCGAGGCCUUUCAGUUGGCCACACAUCCUGUGGAUCGGGACUUGAGGCUCUUGUCACUCUCCAUUGGCACGCUGGUGAAGCUUGCGGCGUACAUUCAGCACCAUACGUUCUUCGCGUCUGUCCUUCAUGGCCACCGCAACUAUUGGGUGCGCGCAACCUUCCAGCACGACCAGCGCACCCUGCACGUUGAUCUGCACCUCAACCACCAUAGUGGCUGCGAAGAUCGAAUCACCGAGUACCGAUUUGUCGUGCCCUAUCUCAACAUCCUCAAGGUGCCGAUCAACGAGAGGAACCGCUUUGUCGAGCUCUACCUUCACCUCAAGAUACCGGGGAUGCUGAUGAGCGAAGUGGUGAACGGCCUUCCAUCGAGGCCCGGCAGCGCAGGGGCUCUGCUCCGCUGGGAGCUCUAUCUUGCCGUUGGGUGCAACUGCAUCGGCGGUGCCGUGUAUACGGCCUCCCUCUGCAGAGGCCUCUUCCUCAAGCUGGUCAUACAGGACCGAUCCCUUGCGAGGUGUGUGGUUCGGAGGCUCUCGCAGUGGUGCUCCCAUGGGGCCCUCAUCUGCUACGCACCCAUUCGAACCUACUGCCCCGACAGUGCAGCGGUCCGGUGGACCCACAAGGUUCAGGAGCGGGUCGAGACGAUGGAGAGGACUCUGCCAUUUCCCUGUGCCUACGCAUUCAAGGCGGCCCUCCACAUCACCUUUGAUGCCCUUUACCAGAUGGUCCUCAUGUCCGAGUCGGAAUUUGACAAGCUGGUGAGGGAGAUCGAGAGGCGAUCUGAGAAGGAGGCGUUAGUGGUGGAGCGGGCGCACAGCCCGAGUUGCGUUCAGCAUCGAUGCAGGCCAUUGCGUGGUGUUUUCACGCGCCUUCUAUCCCGCCUGCAGCCUGUUCCACGACGAGAAGCCGCCACAGCUGGCCCAUUGCACCAGCCUCCUAUGCAGCGCGUUUGUCACACCAGGCCGGCUCAUUUUACGUCCCGCACAGGGCCGACAACCUGGACAAGCUGUCGUACACGCUGAAUCUGCACUCGGCUCGGCACACUAUGCUGAACGCCCUUGUCGGAACCUUCCUGCAUCAGGGAGUGUGUGUGUGCACCCGAAAAAUCAAGUUCCUGCCGUCUUGCACGAGCCAGCUCCCUGACCCCGGCUGCAUAAUGAGAAGAGCCGUUUAUGCUUGUUAGUUGUGUGGGGCAAUAUAGCGAAUGUUUUUGGAUAUUAUAACAAAUUCUUUUUUGUGUAAGAAAUUUAUUUAUAUGAAAUUUUAAACGUGAAGAAUAUUAAAGUGCGACUUACCUUACGAAUUUUUAUGUACAGUACCAGUUUUUAAGUGUGGUGAAGUAAUAAGUGUGGUGUAAAUAAA